AUGGCAGAGCCGCCGGCAAAGCGCAGCUUCACCGGCGCGUUUGAGGAGCAGGCGCGCAAAAAUGGCGCGCGCCGCCUCUACUCGUGGAUGCGGGGCGACUGCAGCGAGGAGGCGACCCUCUCUUUCGCGGAGCUGCGCGAGCAGGCGUGCAACCUGUGCGUGGCGCUGCGUCAGAAGUGGGGCGCCAACACCGGCGACCGGGUGAUGCUGGUGUACCCGCCCGGCCUCGACUUCCUCGUCGCCUUCUUUGGCGCCCAGUACGCCGCAGUGAUCGCGGUGCCGUACUACCCGCCCAUCAUGCCGACGUCGCCGAUGCCGUCGGCGGGCGCCAAGAAGCUGCUGGCGGACGGGCUCGAGAAGCUGUCGCGCAUCUCGCAGUCGUGCAGCCCGAUCCUCUUCCUCUCCACAAAGGCUGCGGACUGGGAGGGCGGGCCAGCGGAGGCGGCCGGCAGGGUGUGCGCGGAGCGGGGCGGGGAGGGCUUCCUGCGCCCGGGCUGCUGCGCCGCCAUCCCCAUCACGGCGGAGGGGGGCGAGGACACGCUGGUCAUCAUGUCGGAGAUCCGGCCCGAGGCGUCGACCAACCCGGCGGACGUCGAGCAGAACCUCCGCGGGGUGGUGAGCGAGAUCUCGGAGUCGGAGGGCGUGCGGCCGUCGGCGAUCGUGCUCAUCACGGCGCGCUCGAUCCUGAAGACCACCUCCGGCAAGCUGCGGCGGCGCGAGAUGCGGCAGGCGUACGCGCAGCUGGUGCUCGGCGAGAGGCCGGCCGAGAAGUGGCAGUUCCUCAUCCCCGAGUCGGCCGUCGUCCACGCCGGUGGGCGCGAGGACUUUUCGGCGAUCUUCCGGCACGGCUCGGGUGACCACUACACGCCCGUGCAGCUCUCUUUCACGGGCAAGUUUGAGGAGAACGCGAAGCGCUUCGGCGCGCGCCGCCUCUACUCGUGGAUGCGGGGCGACUGCAGCGAGGAGGCGUCCCUCUCUUUCGCGGAGCUGCGCGAGCAGGCGUGCAACCUGUGCGUGGCGCUGCGUCAGAAGUGGGGCGCCAACACCGGCGACCGGGUGAUGCUGGUGUACCCGCCCGGCCUCGACUUCCUCGUCGCCUUCUUUGGCGCCCAGUACGCCGCAGUGAUCGCGGUGCCGUACUACCCGCCCAUCAUGCCGACGUCGCCGAUGCCGUCGGCGGGCGCCAAGAAGCUGCUGGCGGACGGGCUCGAGAAACUGUCGCGUAUCUCGCAGUCGUGCAGCCCGAUCCUCUUCCUCUCCACAAAGUUCUACCUGCGCGCGCAGUGGCUCUGCAGCAUGGCCAUUCGCGACGAGGAGUGCAAGCACGCUUCGGACGACCUGUCGCGCCGCCGCUCUGCGCGCGAGGAGGAGUGGCUCAACGGCUGGCUCGCGACGCGGUGCGACGACUGUCCGCCGGACGAGGUUGCGUUCCUGCAGUACACGUCGGGCUCGACCGGCCACCCGAAGGGCGUGAUGGUCGGCACGCGCAACCUGAUGAACAACAUCUUUGCGAUCCAGUCGGUCAAGCUGUCCACGCGCGAGAUGGCCUUCCUGGACCAGGACAAGAUCGGCGUCGCCUCGUGGCUGCCGCAGUACCACGACAUGGGCCUCAUCGGAGGCUGCCUCUCCGCCGCGAUCUGCGGUUGGCGCGCCGACCUCACCUCGCCCUUCACCUUUUUGCAGCGGCCCGUCGUCUGGUUGCAGAUGAUCACGCGCAUGAAGGACACGCACCUCGUCCAGUGCACGGCGCCAAACUUUGGGUACGCGCUGUGCAUCCGGCGCGUCAAGGGCGACGCGCUGGCGAAGCUGUCGCUCGCGCACUGGAAGGUUGCGAUGAACGGCGCAGAGCCGAUCCGCGCGUCGACGGUGACCGAGUUCUCCGCGCGCUUCGCGUCGUGCGGCUUCGAGUCGCGCGCGUGGGCGCCGGUGUUUGGGCUGGCCGAGAACUGCCUGUACUGCUGCGGCCGCGCCGAGGAGACGGUCAUCCUGCAGGUGGACCGCGCGUGCCUGGGCGUCGGCGACAAGCCGAUGCCGCAGACGGGCCCGAUCCAGACGUCCAUCCUCGAGGCGUGCGGCCACUACAUCCUGCCCGAGAGCUUCACCAACCAGAUGGUGAAGAUCGUGCACAACGAGACGUGCGAGGAGCUGCCGGACGGGACGGUCGGCGAGAUCUGGGUGUGCGGCCCGUCGGUGGCGGGCGGGUACUGGCAGCUGGAGGACCUGUCGACCGACAC